GUUACGUAAUGGUUUCAACUGAUGGUAAAGCAACAAUCUUAAACUAUGUCAGGAAUUGCUUUGCAUCUGGAGAUGAUUCGGGAUUUUGCGAAAAAUUACUUAAAAAAGUUAAAGAUGUCACAGAUGAAGAAAUUGAAAAUAUUUUAAGUGGACAGUAGUAAGUUCUAGUAUUCUUUCUUGUUUUUAAUGAUAUAUUUGUGUAAGUUUUAAUGAAGUUGUAAACACGGACUCCGAUGAUUUUUAUAGGCACUCCCCAGAAUGUGCCUUUGUACCUUGUGAAGAUCCGUUAGGCGCGUUUUACUCCUCCAUUAAUAACUUUGAGAAUUCUCAGCAGUCAUCCCUUUCACUUAAAAGGAAUGCAUCUAAUAUUCGACAGCUUUCCGCUGAGGAAGUGGACGCGUAUUUCCCAUCAAAACCGAUAGUCCGCACAAACAAACCAGAUACAACAAUAAAAUCAGAAAAAUCUGGGUUGACUUUGGCGCUAGAACAAGCUAAGCUGAGUGGACAUUUAAAAAGAAAUAAACUAUUCUCUGAUUUUGCUAUCUACGAUGCUCGGUCAACACUUGGUACAAAUCAGCAUGUUCCAGAUGGUCGCUUUCCCAAUGCAAACGUAGAUCCUUCUCUGCGCCAGUUCAAUGUUUGGCUCUGGAGGCUUAAUGGCUUCCCGCGCACGUCAAUUAAAGUGCAACCUCGGGUGGGUACUACAGUGCAACAGUUUAUGGGGCUUACUUUAUGGCAGUAUUUUAAUGAGUUUUCAACAUCUGACAAUGAUUUGACACUUGUGCCAACUCAGUUAGAUGAUUUAGACGAAUCAUUUUUAAACCGGCUGGCUUUACACAUGUUUGAUACACUGGAUGAUGAAUGUGACGAUAGUGAAGAUGUAGAUUCAGAAUUUCCACCGCUUGAAUUGAAUGAUCCAAUUCAUAAAUAUGAAUUUAAGUCAUUUGCUCUGGUUGAACGAGUGGAAACACCAUUGGCAGAGGCAUCAAAGAAAGAAAUUUCGCAUGUGUUAGUCACAAUACAUAUGGCUCAAGGUAUGAGUGUACUCCGAUUCCCAUCGGAUACGUGUCUAAGUACAGUGUUAGAACGUGCUGUAUAUCGUCGUCGUCUACGCCAGCAUGGUGGUUAUGCUUAUCGAUUGGAACUUUGGCCGCGGAACACAGACCAACAGAACAACAAUACAAAAAGCAAUAAUUUUCUAUUGAAUAAAAAUUCGCAGUUAGAUAUGAGUAAACCAUUGAGUUAUUUUAUUGCUGCUGGUUUGCCCUUACACUUUCUUCUUGUUCGUGAAAGCAGUCGGUGUGAUACAGCUCUUUCAGAUCAAAACGAUGAUAUUGAAGCAACAAAGUCAUCAGAAUCGAUGUUAGCGUUAGAUACAACAUUAGAACCAGUUCAUACAGCUUUACAUUUAAGACAAUAUCAGGUGACUUAUUUAAAAGGUCUUUUUCCACCUGAAGUUCAGUUAAAUAUUUCAUCAAAUGAAUUAAAAAUUGAACAAAAACGUCCAAAAUUAUUUUCUAAAUUAAUGAAAUCAAUUAUUAUACAAAUUAAUACAAUUGCUGAUUGUGAAUUAAUCACUAAUGGUUAUUCAACUUAUGGUAUAAUGGAUAAAUCAUCUAUUACAAUCCAUAAUCAUCCUCCUCCUCCUCCUCAUCAUCAUCAUCAUAAUAUUGAUGAAUCAAAUCCAAAAUCUUCUGGUAAUUUAUGCACAGAUUAUGUAAUAGGAGGAAAUCAUAAAACAUCAAAUCAUAAUAAACAUUCUAUAACAACUGAACAAUCAUCCAAAUCAUUUUUAUCACAUAAAACACAAUUUAGAAUUGUUUAUAUUCCUAAUUUUGAUUUACAUUCCGAUUGGAUAACUUCACAAUUGACCACUUCUAUUGGUAUUGGUGGAGGUGGACGACCAACUGCUACCAAUGGUCAACAACAACAACAACAACCUCAUAUUCUUCUGCCACCAUCUUCUACAUCAACUAUUAUACCUUGUUUUGGACAAGAUUUACCUGAGGUCACAAAUACUAACAUGUUCAGUAGUACUGAUGCCAAUUGUAAUACUAAUAUUGCUAUGAAUAUAAAUACAACUACCUCGAGUAUAUCAACUACUAAUAUUACUACUACUACUACUACUACUUCUACUACUACUACUGUUAUCACUAACAGUAAUAAUAAUAAUAAUAAUAAUAAUAAUAAUAAUAAUAAUAAUAGUUUAUUUCAACAAUUAUGCUUUGAAACACAAUGGUCACGAGCUAGAGCUAUAUGUGAUCAAUUGAAUAUUAUUUUAGAAGUAUGUCAAAGUCAAUCACGUCAGUUGUAUAUGAAACAAAGAUCCAUUCAUAAUUGAAGUACAUUUAUAUAUACAGACCGUCACUUUGUAAAUGAACUUGGAUUAUUUUAUAUAUAUAUGUACUCAUUAUUUCAAUUGUAUAUCAAAUUACUUUUCACAUGUAACUUCUUGUAUGUAUGAAUGUGUAUGCUUGUUUGUUCUCUCUGUGUGUGUGUGUGUGUGUGUGUGCGCCCAUGAUGUUUGAAUGCAAAGUGAUUACACUCGAUGAUUGUAUAAUUUCUAGUUUUAUUUUCAUAUAAAUCUUAACGCUAACAAUCAUUCUGCCUUCUUCUCGUUCUUCUUCUUCUUCGUCUUCUUC